UACUUGUUCUGGAAGUGUCGCAUACAGAGUCUCGACACAAAAUCAAAUUUCAACGAAUUAAUAUAAAAUUUUAUUUUAUCUUCGUAUAUAAAUCUCAAGACCGAGAGUAUUUAAUUUAAUAACAUUUGUUCUUAGUUAACCGAAGGAACAAACUGAUAAUAUAAAUAUAUUACCACCAUGGUUCGUGUUUUAUUCAGCCUCGUUGCGAUCGCUGUGACCAUCGCUACCGUUGUUGCUGUGACCUGGGACACGAUAGAUUGUGACAAAUUGCCACGCGGAAGUGCAGCGCUACGCUCGUCUCCCGUAUUCGACGGUCAUAAUGAUUUGGCAAAUACCAUCUACGAAUUGGUUAACAACAACGUGUCCAAGUUUGACUUUGAGAAAAAUACGACCGACGAUCCGGUGUGGGGCAUCAAAGCUUGCAAGGAAUGCAUGACGGAUUAUCCAAGAUUAGUCAAAGGCUCCGUAGGAGCGCAGUUCUGGUCGGCGUACGUGAACUGCAAGACCCAAUACAAGGACGCAGUUCCGGCGACUCUCCGGCAAAUCGACGUGAUCAAACGUUUAGUCAAUAAGUACAAAGGACUGCGUUUGGCGACCAAUCACAAGGAAGUCCAAGACAUCUGGGACGCACAUCAAAUUGCCUCGUUCAUCGGAGUCGAGGGAGGCCACUCGAUCGACUCCAGUCUGGCCAUUUUGAGAAUCUAUUACGAUCUCGGAGUGCGCUACAUGACUUUGACCCACACUUGCAAUACGCCAUGGGCAGAUGCAUCGCCGGCGCUCGGCAAACCAGUGCACAAUUUAACCGAAUUCGGCAAAAAAGUCGUCUUGGAGAUGAACCGUUUGGGAAUGGUGGUAGAUUUAUCUCACGUUUCCCAUAAUGUGAUGCGCGAGGCUCUCAACGUCACUAAAGCCCCCCUCAUGUUCUCACAUUCGUCAGUUUAUGCGAUAUGUAAUCAUCAUAGAAAUGUGCCAGAUGAUGUUUUGCUCCAACUGAAAAAAAAUGACGGAAUUAUCAUGAUUAACUUCAAUAAUGACUUUGUCAAUUGCAACAAAUCGAGAAAUGCAACUCUCGAAGACGUCGUUGAACACAUCAACUACGUAAGAGAAUUAAUUGGAGUUGACCACGUGGGUCUUGGUGCCGAUUUCAACGGAAUUUCCGAACCACCAGUAGGCCUUGAAGAUGUUUCCAAGUACCCUGCGAUAUUUGAUCGUCUGUAUAAACACAGAGAAGACGAAUUAGCUUGGACCAAAGAUGAUCUGGAAAAGCUCGCGUCGCGAAACAUGUUGAGAGUCUUGGAGAGGGUUGAGAAAGUUAGUGAAACAGAAUCAAAAACAACCCCGUUAGAAGAUGUUAUAAAUGUUGACGAGUUGAAAUUUGCUCAAAAACAAGAAGGUCUUACCCCUGGUUCAUGCCAAACAACACAAGAAUGGACGGAUCAAUAAACAAAAUAUGUUGAAUAAACAAGAUGCAUAAGAGUUGGCGUACCGAGAACAAAUAUUAAAAGAGAUAAAAAUAAAUUGGCGUUGACCCGAAGACCUUGAAAUUUUUGCAGAAUUCAGAAUGUAUAGGUUCACCUCAUCAAUGCUACUUGGCCUAUUAAUAUGGCCAAUAGCGCAAUGACGUAAUCAGUACGAAAUCAGCUCGCAAUCAAACUACAGCAGCAGCGUUUUGACGUUUCUCCGAUUUCUAAAUUGUAACUUCUUUUCUCAGUCGUCGACUUUAUUCAAAACAGUGCGCGGAGCCCGAAGCGUGUACAGACGAAUUGGUUUCGCGAGUGCCGAAAAUGGCUCUCAUUGACUUAAUAUAAAUUAAUCAUCGGUAAAAUUGUUCAGUGUCGUUGCCAAGUGGCACAUUUUUGUAGUUUUAAUUAUAACCGGCGUAUAGCAAGAAUAAACGUGGAUACAGCGUACGAUUUUUUCCCCCCGAGGAGUUUUGCACGGAACAUUUAAUCGAAUCAAGUGUUGUAUAAUGAAAACGUCAUAAGCACGAUGCAUUUUAUGUACACAAUCUCGUGGACCUGAAACAAUAAACUUUGAAAAGCAUUUUGCAGCGAA